AUGGUGUUUUAUUGGCGUUGUUUCUCGUUUGGAGAAGAGGAAGAGAUUAAAUAUGAACCCAGAACUAAAACAGAAUCGACUUCAACUGAAGAGAUCGAAUAUGAAUCCGAAAGUCAAACACAAUCGUCUUCAGCCCAAACUUUUUAUACUGCUAGUGCUUCAUCAGCAUCCUCAAACUUGCCCGGAAAACCAAACUCGUUGAGGGUUUUCACAGUCGCUCAGCUCGAGGAAGCAACUGAUAAUUUCAGUAGUGCUAGGAAGAUUGGAGAAGGUAGAUAUGGAAGCAUAUAUAAGGGUGUGGUUAAGAGUUUGGAACAUCCUUUUAAUAAGAUACAGGUUGCUAUCAAGUACGCCAAACGAGUAACGAAGGAACGCAACUGGUUAGAUGAGGUUAACUUUUUGGGGGUAGUUGAGCAUCCAAACCUUGUCAAACUAGUUGGUUACUGUGUGAAAGACAAUGAAAGAGGAAUAGUACAGCUGUUAUUAGUCUACAAUUACAUGCCUAACAGAAGCGUGAGGGAUCAUUUGUCUACAACGUCCGAAGCACCUCUUUCAUGGACCAUGAGACUGAAAGUGGCUCAAGAUGCUGCCCGUGGCCUGGCAUAUCUACAUGAGGGAAUGGACAUUCAGAUUCUUCUUAGGGAUUUCAAUUCUUCCAGGCUCCUUCUAGACAAUCAAUGGAAUGCUAAGCUUUCGGAUCUUGGGGUGGCUCGAAUAGGUUCUCAAGAAGGAGACACUGAUGCGUUUGUAGGAAACGUGGCAUAUUCGGCCCCAGAGUACAUUCUAACAGGGAAAGUGUCAUCCAAGAGUGAUGUAUGGAGCUACGGGGUCUUCCUAUAUGAACUUAUCACGGGUAGGAAACCAGUGGAUAAGAAUCGGCCUCAAAACGAGCAGAAGCUUAUAGAAUGGGUGAAACCCUACGUACACUCCAAAAAUCUCCAGCCUAUCAUCGAUCCGAGACUUGAUCAAGGUAUGUGCUCUAUGAAGUCAGCACAGGCGUUGGUCACUAUAGCCGAUCUUUGCUUAAAAAGGAACCCGAGAACAAGGCUAAAGAUGAGUGAGGUUCUAGAACUUGUUAAUGGAGUCACUGGGGUUCCAUCACAAGUAACCAAUCCGACACCAGCUCCCAAGAGUUCAAAACUCUUGAAAUCUUGGUUUAGCAAGGCUUGUUGUUGUGUCUGCAUAGCAAGUAAGAAAUAA